GGACGGGCGAGGCAGAGGACUUCGGCCCGGCUGCCCCUCGGGCCGCUUUCGAAACAGAACGAAGCCACUCUGACACAUUCUCCGCAGCAGCCAAAGGGUGCGUUCCGGUGGGAAGUCCCACCCGCGCUCCUACCCUGCCUCUCCACAGAGCUCUCCUCCGCCCGCCCCCCGCCGGCGGCCCCAGCGCUCGCAGGGACCACCCCCGUCCCCCCCGGAGCUGGGCGGUGGCUGCCGAGGGUCGGCGGCGCGGCCCCGCUGCUCCACCGCCCGUGGCAGCCCCACACACGAGCGGCCUCCGCGGCGGGCAGGGACGGAGACGUGUCCGUGGGUGCCCCCUCCUGCGGGACAGACUCGCGAUCUCCCUCCUCCUCUGGCGGCCCCGGUCUCUGUGCGGCAGGAGCACCCCAAGAGAGGUCGCGGACAGCCGCAGACCCUGCGGAGCUCACAGCGGCCAGACACACUUGUUCUCAGGAGGAACGGCGAGGGUAAAACACUGGAUUUUUGUUAAAAAUUCCGCAAAACUGGUACUAUCAGUAAAUAUGUCGUACUUAAUGAAAGGAGUUAAGUGGUGCAGUCCUGUAAGUCAGAUGGGCAAAGUAACAGGAAGCUUGUUAAAAGCACACACAUUAAAGAACAUAUUGGGCAUCAAUGAACAACUCAAAAUUUCACGUGCAUCAUCUCAACUUAGUUCUGAAAAGGCAAACUCUUAUAACUACGUCAUUGUUGGAGCUGGAUCAGCAGGGUGUGUAUUAGCCAACAGACUGACAGAAGACCCUCUCAGUACUGUGCUCCUUUUGGAAGCAGGCCCUAAAGAUACCCUUCUAGGCAGUAAAAGGCUGAUGUGGAAGAUUCACAUGCCUGCUGCAUUAACAUACAACCUCUGUGAUGAGAAAUAUAACUGGUAUUACCACACAACACCCCAAAAGCACAUGGACAACCGAGUGAUGUACUGGCCCCGAGGGAGAGUGUGGGGUGGCUCCUCUUCCCUCAAUGCUAUGGUUUACAUCCGAGGGCAUGCAGAGGAUUAUAACAGAUGGAACAGGGAAGGGGCUACGGGAUGGGACUAUGAACAUUGCUUGCCCUAUUUUAAGAAGGCACAGACACAUGAACUGGGGUCAAAUCAGUACAGAGGUGGAAAUGGACCUCUGCAUGUGUCAAGAGGGAAAACAAACCAUCCUCUUCAUCAAGCAUUCCUGGAGGCAACCCAGCAAGCUGGGUAUCCCUUCACAGAUGAUAUGAAUGGCUAUCAGCAAGAAGGAUUUGGCUGGAUGGACAUGACUGUACAUCAAGGUCAAAGAUGGAGCACAGCUAGUGCUUAUCUUCGCCCAGCCAUAUCACGCCCAAAUUUGUCAGUUGCAGAGAAGACACUUGUAACAAAAAUCUUGUUUCAAGGAACAAAAUGCAUUGGUGUUGAAUAUGUGAAAAAUGGGCAAACGGAAAAGGUUUUUGCCAAUAAGGAAGUUAUUUUAAGUGGAGGUGCCAUAAAUUCUCCACAGCUGCUUAUGUUGUCUGGAAUUGGAAAUGCAGAUGAUCUAAAAAAACUGGGGAUCCCUGUUGUUUGCCAUCUUCCUGGAGUAGGUCAGAACCUUCAAGAUCAUUUAGAAGUGUAUGUCCAGCAAAAGUGCACCAAGCCUAUUACUCUGUAUAGUGCACAAAAGCCACUUAACAUGAUGAUGAUUGGCCUGGAAUGGCUUUGGAAAUUUACAGGUGAGGGAGCCACUGCCCACUUAGAAUCUGGUGGUUUCAUCCGAAGUGAACCAGGGGUUCCUCACCCCGACAUUCAGUUCCACUUUCUUCCUUCUCAGGUGAUUGAUCAUGGUCGGGUUGCUUCCACAAUGGAAGCUUACCAGGUCCACGUGGGACCCAUGAGGAGCACAAGUGUGGGCUGGCUGAAGCUGAAGAGUACAGACCCCAAUGACCAUCCUAUCAUUGAGCCCAAUUACCUGUCAACAGAAAGAGAUAUUUGGGAAUUCCGCCAGUGUGUCAAAUUGGCCAGAGAGAUCUUUGCUCAGAAAGCUUUGGAAAAAUUUUGUGGGCCUGAAAUUCAACCGGGAAGCCACGUUCAGUCUGACAAAGAAAUAGAUGCUUUCAUAAGGCAGAAGGCUGAUAGUGCUUAUCAUCCUUCCUGCACCUGCAAAAUGGGUCUGCCUUCAGACAGCAGUGCUGUAGUUGAUCCCCAAACAAAAGUCAUUGGCGUUGAAAACUUGAGAGUCGUCGAUGCUUCAAUAAUGCCCAGUGUUGUCAGUGGAAAUCUGAAUGCCCCAACUAUCAUGAUAGCAGAGAAAGCUGCAGAUAUAAUUAAGGGCCUCCCGUCACUUCAGGAGAAAAACGUUCCUGUAUAUAAGCCCAAAACCUUGGAAUCACAGAGAUAAAGGAAUAUUCUCAUCUUUUCACAUCUUUUGCUACUUAGGCUUUGAUCAGCAUGUGGGGGUCUCAUACUGAACAUGCCAACAUGAUAAAUAUCCCACAAAACAACAUAUCCUAAUAAAAUAACUAUUAAUUUGAACUUUUUUAUUAUUAUUAUUAGACUACCUGCUUUUUUUUUUUUUAAUGA